AUGAAUCAAAUGAACAUGCACGCCGGGAUGAACCCGGGCCCCCCAAUGGGUGCAGCACCAAAUAUGCAGAUGCCUGUAUGUGGACAAAUAAUGCAGCAGCCUCCUCACCAAAUGGCUCCAGCAGCUAUGCCGCAGCAGACUCAACAAGAUAAGAUGGAUAACAUUACUAAAGUAAAAACUCUCAUGGGUUCCUUGAGAGAGUCAUUGCCUAUGACUUUGAAAUCUGCAGCACAGAUAUUACAUCAAAAUCACAACAUUGAUUCUAACACUCAAAAAGCUGCUGAAACACCAGCAGCGAGGUUUGAUAAGAAUCUCGAAGAAUUUUUCUCAUUGUGCGAUCAAAUGGAACUGCAUUUACGAACGGCGAUAACAUGCAUUCAGCAAGCCCAGUUGGCUGCUCAUUAUCUACCUUUGACCGUGAUACCUUCAAGAAUGGAUUCUGGGCCGACAUCCCAAGAUACAACUCUAAGCUAUCCACAGUAUCUAAACACAAUAAGGCUUCAGAUAUCCUACGCUAAGGACAUCCAUGACACGCUUGUAGCGGCCGCGCAGAACAUCUCACCAACGGAAUAA